AAGAAGCCUCACCGCUACAGGCCCGGCACCGUGGCUCUCCGAGAGAUCCGCCGCUACCAGAAAUCCACCGAGCUGCUCAUCCGCAAGCUGCCCUUCCAGCGCCUCGUCCGAGAGAUCGCCCAGGACUUCAAGACCGACCUGCGCUUUCCAGAGCUCCGCCGUCAUGGCUCUGCAGGAGGCCGCAGAGGCUUAUCUCGUCGGACUCUUCGAGGACACCAACCUCUGCGCCAUCCACGCCAAGAGGGGUCACCAUCAUGCCCAAAGACAUCCAGCUGGCACGCCGCAUCCGCGGAGAGAGGGCCUAGACCCCCCGCAACAGACAUUCCACACAACCCGCCAACCAACGGCUCUUCUCAGAGCCACCACCUCCCCCCCACAGAGCUCUGUACCGGGGACUUCUCCGCCUUUCCUCCUCAUGGCGCCUUUUACAAUUCAGCGCAAUCUGGGGUCGCCAUUACAACAUGUAAAGAACCAAACCGGUUUACACAACGCAGCGCCGUCUGUACAUGGGGGGGGGGGGGGGUGGGGGGGCGCCCGAUGGGGGAGGGGACUUGGUGGCAAAUAGUUUCUGUUCUCUCCUCAGUUACAGAAAUACAGACUGCGCUAGUAACAUAUAUAGAUCGAUAA